CCGUGUUCGAGCCAGCGCGUGGGCCGGAGCACGCGUUGUUCCAGCCAGGCCUUGGUCAGGAUCAACGAGCGGUCGAUGCAAAAGCUCCACCCAUCAUGAAGAUGUGUUCGACCAUGGAAUGAAACGCAACUGUGGCUCGGCCUCCCAUGGCUUCACGGAACCGUAGAAGACAUCGAAGGGCAGGCUUGCAAUUCGGGGGCGCCCCAUCCCAACCCUCGUUCCAUCACGGAAUGAGUGGAGGGGGGGACGAUUACCCUGAAUGGCAAGACCUGCGACAGAAACUGAACUUCAUCAGGAGCCACCGACAAGAGCAGUCGCAGCAUAGACCAGCGGAUUCCCACGAUACACAGCUUGGCUCUAGUAAAACAAGUGUCCAUGGCUUGGAGGAACCACGUGGGCCAGAAAUGCAAGUCCCAAUUGUAAGAAAACGCACACGGAUUACAAGCGAGGAGGAGUCAAAAAACAGAGAGAACGAUACCACAGAGUGUAAAACUGCUCGUCAAAUAAACACAGAUGAAGAGCAACACGGCGCAGUUGGCAAGAUCUGGCACAGCAGCGUGAUGACAGACUCUUGUAAUAACCUGAUCAUGGGCAAGACCAUGGAGAGCCACCAGUCACCGCACAUGCAUCAUGAACUUCUACUCACCAAAGGCGACCUCCAAGGAAGGUUGAGUAGUGCUAAAGCACCAGAUUUCCGUGGCUCGGAAGAACAACAAACAUCAAUGAUCAAUACCCAAAUGGCAAAAAAGCAUCGUCUGUCUAAGAGCGAGGGCGAUUCUGAAUGCGUGGUGAGCGACAAUGAAGAGGAAGAAGUUUUUCAUCAACCGCGCACGGAUGAACACCGACGCAACAUCGUCUGCAAAACCUGGAACAAGGACCUAAUCGCAAAGCCUGAUCAUGACCUGACCACCUUUCAUUAUCAACGGCCUUCCCUAUACACGGAUCCUGUGGACGACGCGCCAGACUCCAUGAAUGUGAAGCACGAAACGUGCCACAACGACCCUGAACACAACAAGGCGGCCAAGCGCCCGCGCAUCGACACCACUGGCCUCAAAAAGGAGGAACUCGAAAGACAGAAGGAAGUCACAGAACCCCAAGACAAAAACGAAUAUUGUCUGCGAUGGCUUCAGUGGGGUGUCGGAAGGGCAGAGGCAGAAGACGUGGACUUACCCCACGACCAGGGCAUCCACACUCCGAGGAGGCGCCGCAGGAGCGCGCAGGCGAUGGUCUCGGACUGCCGCCACGAUCAGUGGCGGAUCGACGACGAAAUGGGCGCCGAUGCGGAGAGCAGCAGCAGCGAGCACCAACCAAAAAGGCAAAAACUGCAAAGUCCGGACCAUUUCUGUGCUCACCCGCAGGAUAGACCCUCUUCCGAGGCUCGAUCUGAGGACCAGCAGGUACUACAAGAGUUGCUGGAACGUUUCAAGAAGCUUUGCAAGCCACCUUAACACCGACCGUCGCUGCCGCGUGGACGCCGGUGCACGCUUCUUGCCCUUAAGCUUGCCAGUGACACUGCCCCACAUGAUACAGCAUGCCUUUGUCUAGUGCUGACAAUUCCGCGAGAACUCGAGGAUGUCUGAGAACUUUUUAUUCUAUAACUGAACAAAAAAGAAAGUCGUCCAGUGAUUACAUUGGUCAUUUGUUUCUCAAGUGGCUUCACGAAGAACUAAGGUCUUUAAGCUUGGUGAUCAGUGUUUCUCAGCAAUGUUAAAAAAAAUGAUGUUCGUUCGAGCUACAUAGGAGCAUAUCGACAUUGGAUUCAAUGCACUUUUCAUUUACAAGUCGGCCAUUCUUUUCCUGAAAGAAUUCAAGAAGCUAAACUAUGUUUCACUUCUGAACAUUACACUCGAGCAGUGAGAACGCAAGACAAGCAACACGGUGGAAGAAAUGAGGACUGCAUAUGCGUUUGUACGUUGUACAUUUUCGCACUUCUUUAAUGUACACAUUCCACAAAGAUAAACAGGAGAUGUGGCAUUCGGUAGUUUAUCACAACACGGUAGCAAAGCCCAAGUGAUUUUCCACGCUCAACUUCUCACUUUGUUAAUCGACACUUUUUUCACGGGCUUCACAUUGCGAAAACAUAGGCAUGCAUCCACACUGCCUACAAUGCAUGGCCAGACAUGCGCAGAUACAAAGUCGGGUAGAUGUUUCAACGAAAGGCUAAGAGAACAUAACAACAAUGUAAAAAAAACUUGGUAUCUGCGGAAAUCUGGCCUUGCAUUAAUUGUAGGCAAUCUGGAUUAACGCCUAUCUUUCCGUAAUGUCAAUCAGCGCAUAGCCACCCUGAUAAAUGCACCAAGGAAAUUUUAGAGAAGUUUGAGAUUAACCGCUUGAGUGUCGAUUGCAUCAGUAUCCCGGCCGUAAAGCUGUCCAAGAAAUAAAUUUAUUUUCUAGCUACUGCACUGUGACAAGAAUGCGUUGAACAGUUUUUUCCUUCAUUUCCUUUCGUCCCUUGUGCGUUUUCUUUUGAUGGUCUUGUUGGUACUGCCUUACUUCUCUGUAUAAAUGCCUCAGCAAGAUAAUAAACAUGCAGUUGUUAGUCAACACAGUG